AUGGAGCAAUUACCUGCUUAUCAAGAUAUUGCUCAAGCCAUGGAUAAACUCGACGUCAAGUGCGACUCAGAACUCGAGCAUAUUAUUGAAAGUGCCAUCAAUGACAUUGAUGCUGAACUUCGAAGCAUUAGUCUUGACCUUCAUGCUCAUCCCGAAACCGGUAUGAAGGAAGUUCAUGCUCAUCAAGUUUUGACUGACUACCUUGAAUCCAAAGGCUUCAAAGUCACUCGUCAUGCCUAUGGUAUGGAAACUUCCUUUAUGGCUGAAUACAGUCGUGGAUCCGGUAGAAGAGUCGGUGUCUGUGCAGAAUACGAUGGACUUCCCGGUCUUGGUCAAGGAUGUGGUCAUAAUUUAAUUGCGAUCAGUGGUCUCGCUACUGCCAUCGGUAUCAAGGCUGCCAUUGAAAGCGGAAAGGCUUCCGGUAAAGUUGUUUUAUUUGGUACUCCUGCUGAAGAAUUAUCGAUUGGUAAGAUUCGACUUGUUGCAAAGCGUGCUUUCCAAGACAAUGUAGAUGUUUGUGUCAUGUUACAUCCUACUUCUUAUGACCAUCAAUAUGCUGCCUUCAUUGCUAUUAAUGAUGUCCAUGUCGAGUUCUUUGGUUCACCCAGUCAUGCUUCUGCCGCUCCUUGGAAGGGUGUGAAUGCUUUAGAUGCUCUUGUACAAACCUGGAACGGUAUCAGUAUGAUGCGUCAACAGCUUUUACCUACUGACCGUGUGCACGGUAUUGUGACUGACGGUGGCCAAGCACCCAAUGUGAUUCCCGAACAUACUUCUGCCUUUUUCUUUAUCCGUACCACUAAAUACACACAAGCCCCUCGUCUCCAAAAGAAAUUGGAAGCUUGUUUCGAAGCUGCUGCAUUGGCUACAGGAUGUAAGGUCAAAUAUACCUGGAGAGAGAUUGGUAUUACCAAGAAUGUGGUUCAAAAUCAAGUGAUGGCAGAUACGUAUGCUGCCCAUAUGGAGAAAUACGGUAUCAAAUUCCCUUCAGAAGAAGAACAAAUUCGUGCUGGUGGUGGAUCUACGGAUAUGGGUAACGUGAGUUACGAAAUGCCUUGUAUUCAUCCUGCCUAUGGUAUUCAUACUACCGCUUCCAACCAUACCAUUGAAUUCACUGCAGCUGCAAAGACAUUGACAGCUCAUAAAGAUACCAUUCGUGCUACCAAGUGUCUUGCUGCUACUGGUGUCGAAGUCUUAUUGAAUGAUGAAUACUAUAACCGUGUUCAACAGCAAUUUAAGGAGAACCUUGCCCAAUAA